AUGCAGGAAUCGACUAAUCAAGUGAUGAAUUGGGCCAAUGAUAAUAAAAUGAUGGUGAACCCCAAAAAAACUAAGGACAUGUGGAUCAGUUUUUCCCAAUCCUCUUCUGAACCCCCACCUAUACAAACGGAUGGAAUUGAAAUAGAAAGAGUAAACUCCUUCAAACUUCUCGGUGUAUGGGUGCAAAAUGACUUAAAGUGGAAUACCCAUGUUUGUAAAAUAACAAAAAGAGCAAAUAAGCUAUUAUUCCUUCUCAGAGAGUGCAGGAAAUCCUUCCUACCACCCGAGAUUGGUUUAUUAACAUAUACGUCGAAGAUCCGGCCAAUACUUGAAUACGCCUCUCCAGUUUGGGGCGGAAUCCCUAAAUAUCUUGAAGCAGAAAUUGAACGUGUUCAACAAAGAAGCUUGAGAAUCCUAGGACUUGAGAAAGAUACCCUCCCUACACUAAAAGAAAGAAGGGACAAGGCAACAUGCAACGAGCUGAAAAGUAUCGUGGAAGUCCCAAAAAACCCAUGUAAUCGUUUCCUAUCUGGUAAUAAGAAUCACACUUACGAACUGAGAAGGACCAGAGACAGCACUCCAAGACAGCUCUCAAAAACACACAGGCAUAGUACGUCUUUUAUCCCAAGGGCGUGUAGAUUAACCAACUCAUGA